UGUACACGUCGGCGAGCCGGAUGUCCAAGAUGGCUGCGCUGCCGAGUUAGGGGAGAGUUUCCUUCCGAGCCGGGAGACAGCGGAUAGCGGCCGAGCAGUGCGAGUCUGCAGGGUUAACCUGCAGUUUUUUUGCUACAAAAAAAAUUGGGGAACUACAGCAAAUAGAGGAGAAACAUGCAGCCACCUCCUCCUGCUGGUCCUUCGGGAAUGGGCGGACCUCCUCGAAUGGCAAUGACCACUAAUGCAUACUGGCGUAAAAGAACUCCUACUCCAUCAGCCAUGGCAGCCCCUCCAGUGCAGCCAGUCACUGACCCCUUUGCAUUUGGCAGAAUGACUCCUCAAAGUAUGGCACUGGGAAAUGCACCAAAGUCAAAUAUGCUGACAAUGUCCAGUCCAUCACCCUCACUGUACCCACAGCCUGGUCCUCCCUCAGCUGCUGCUGACCAAUCCCUGGCUGGAGCGCAAGCAUACUUACCAAGUUCUACUCCCCAACCUGUUGCAGGGGCAGCCAUGCACAGCAGUGUGUCUCCUCCGUUGUUACCUAGUGGGCAUUUCUCAAACAACAUGGCUCCCACACCUACCAUGCAACUGGGGUUUGCCCAUUCAGCCCCGACAUCUCUUCAUAACAUCACAGGAGGACUGGAAAAUGCAUCAGUGCCAAGUCAGGGCAGAUCUCAAAGUAGGCAAAGUGUUGUUACAGAAGGGGGUAAUGGAAGCCAAGUUUCAGCACCAUUACAAUCAUAUCCUCCCUCAUCUUCUCAACAAACCACAGCACCUUGGGGAUCUACUCAGGUUGCACCACCUACCUCCAGUCAGAAUUUCCCUCCAGCUGCUCAGCAUGCUGCUUACAAUACCCCUUAUUAUUCCCCUCCUUAUUUAGAAGUUUCCCACCUGCCACCCCAAUCCAGUGAUCAGACCUACUUCUCAGCCCCACAUAGAACUGCUCCAGCAUCUUUCCCACUUACUGGUGGCUCCAAUCACAUCCAACAGCAAAGUGCUUCUCAGUUCAACAACACUAUCCCAAUGGAUUAUAUGCACAACCAAAAUAUUGAACAGAACAGCCGGUUUGGUCAGGCCUACCAUGAACCACAGCAAAACCCACCAUUACCUAGUUCUAACACUAUACCACCUGGCGCUCCAUUACCUGUACCUGAAAAUAAGCCCCAGAGUGAAUCUGCAAAAAUUCUAGGCCGGGAAGGUAAUUCAGGAACUGUAUCAACAUUUUUUAAGGGGGACGAAGCAGAAAAUUUUGAAAUCCUCUCAACUGAACAGCAGUUAAAUGCUAGUAGGCAAGCAAGUAACAUUUCCUAUCAACCUGUUGGGCACUCAGCAAUAUUGUCUCUUUCACAAACUCAGCCAGCUGUUUCCACCUCCCAGACAAUGACAUCUUCACCAUUUCAUCCUGCUGUUACAAAUGCUCCAUCAUUGGUAUCGGAGAUUUCCAGUAGUUUUCAGGAUCCACAUGUACUUUGGGAAGUAGACAACAGUGAUAACCAACACACAGAAGCCAAAGGUGGGUCUGAACAGCUCUACGAUAAUGUGGAAAAUAUAGAGUGCGUUCAAAAUCUGGAAGUCUUACCAAAUGAACCCCACAAUAACACUUUUCCUACUGGUUUAAAUUUAGAAGGGUUAAGGUAUGGAUCCUUACCUGCCCCAGCUCUCCCUAAGAAUAUCCCCAGCCACACUGAAGGAGGUCCAAACAUGGAGGCCUUUGGUGGGAUGUCACGUUCUGUUCGAUCUGAUAGCGUAUCUUCAAACUACAGUAACUUAAGUCACCGAAGUCUUCCCAUCUCAACAAGACCUCAGGAACUGAUAGGCACCUUUAUUCAGAAGGAAAGUGGUAAACUUGAGAAUGAAAGUACCAACAGUUUCUUUAAGCAAAUUGAUUCUUCCCCAUUGAGUAAAGACUCUAAUGUACAAGCUGUGGGACAGAAAACUUUCCAUGGUAAUUUGUCUCAGCCUCCAGCACCAAGCCCACCAAAACCUACUGGAAUAUUUCAGGCCAGUGUAAACAGUUCUUUUGAACCUGUUCGUUCAUACAUAGGUGUAAAGCCAGUUGAUAUAGACCAGUCAAAGAUAGUUGGUGAAGUUCGAGAUGCCAACAAGCACAUACCAAACACAUCCAACAGUGCCACAUCGGCAGUUUCCCCAGGAAAUCUAGAGCAACCUCCUGAUAAUUUGGAAACUAUUUUUACUAGCAGUGCUAAUGCUGAAGUUUUGAACGUAACCAGUGGUAAUGUUUUUGGAGUUCCACCUUUCGAUAGCCUAUUGCUGGAUAAACGUCCAUCGUCAAGAGCUCAUGGGUCAAAUAAAAAGUGUGAAAGCCCUGCAACUACUCUGUGGGCCCAAGGAGAACUGCCCAAUUUUGGAGGCAAUGUCCUACUGGCUCCACCAGCUCCUGCUGUUUAUGUUCCUCCAAAACCCCAAAAUGAAGUAAUACAGCCUCCAGAGGAUGGGGCUAUAGCUACACAAAACAGCAGGCUUGACCCAGCACAGUUUGUGACAAUGCCAGAAGAGCACACCUCCUCAGAAAAUCUUGAGAACCCUCCAAAAAUAGGAGAUGAUGAACAUCCUCCAUCACAGGCAAGUUCUGGAUAUGCCAGUCUGUUGUCUUCCCCACCCACAGAUUCCCUGCAAAAUCAGCCUGUUCUAAUUGCUCAGCCAAGCAAAAACUAUAAUUUGGCACAGCCUAUUAAUUUUUCUUUGUCUUUGCCCAAUCAAAUCAAGAACCUUAAUUCUGUAAAAGAUCCAUCAGCGGCUGACAGGCCAGCUCACACUGGUAAUUAUAUUCCUGAUCAGAAUGCUUCUCUUGCUUUGGUUCAGCCUGGACCUCCGCUUAAAAUGCCUAAUUCUCUCAAUAAUAAUUUCCCCCCUGGCAGUGAUCGAUUUUCUGAAAUGUUUUCCAGUUUGCCUCAAAAUGUUAAGCCAUCGUCAUCCAAUCAAUUUCCACUUAAUUUGGUCACAGAGGGGCAGAAAAAUGGUAAGGCAGAAAGUGUAGCAGUCGAGUCAAUAAAAUCUUCAGUUCCUGUAUCAGGGUCUUAUGCGCCAGUGGGAAAUUCUACUGGGACAGUUACUGUCUCAGGGAAUUUGGUUGGCAGCCACAUGGAAAAUGUAGGUGCUGUUGAUUUUACUGUGCCUCGUGCAUCUACCAAUCAAAAUGCAAAUGCUCACGCUCUAUUCCAGAAUCCACCUCCUAUCGGUGCCCCUAACUAUCCAAAUCAGUCAAGCAAUGUCCCUAAUUUCCAGCCUGGGCCAGAUAUUAACAAACAAGGUUUUUAUCAGCAGGUUACUAAAGUGGCUCAACAGCAGCCUUCCUUUGAGACUUUGCAGCCUAGAUCGGGGCCUUUUCAUGAGUACAUGACGCCUGUUUCUCAGGCUCCACCAGGAGCUCCUCCAGGGCAGGUAGUUUCUGGGUCUAAACCUGUGACUUAUCUACCACAACCGGCACCUCCAGUGCCAACUGGCCAGAAUCCUGCAGAUCUACGGUACACCGGCACUUCAGAGCCAGGAACUAAAUAUGAGUCUUAUGAGCAGAAACCUUACCCUCCUCAUCCUGUAUCAACCUCAACCACACCAGCAAACCCCAGCCAGUCUGUUGGGUAUCCAGAACAGGCAAGACCACCUACUUCUCAAACGCCACAGCAAGUUGAUCCUUACUACUACUACAGAGGGUACGGUACAUACCCAUCGGCUUAUCCACAGCCAUAUCCACCCAUGGAUCCUCGAGCCUCUCAUCUCUACUACCAGGACCCCUAUGGAACUUAUGACCCAGCCUACAGACAACAUAGUAAUAAUGGAUUUGUGAACCCCCCUGCAAAGUACCCUUACCAAGAACCAGAGCGUCCUAGCUCAAGGUCUAGUCACUGCUCAGACCGACCAUCGUCAAGACAAGGAUACAGUGCACCAGCCAAUUACUAUGCAGACUACUAUCAAACUCAGUAUGAUUAUGGGGACCAAUCUAGAUGGGAUCGCUAUCCUGAAACCUAUGAUCCUGGAUACAGAGACCCUCGGAGUAGUUACUGGAAUUUUAUGUAUGCUGCUCGGGAGGACCCUUAUAGAAAGGUUCCAUAUGGUUACACCAGCAGGUAUGACGUGUAUGAAGACCGUUGGCAGUAUGACCCACGCUAUGUUGGUGGCUUUGAUGACGAGGUUGAUGCACGUAGAGAUCUUGCCAAAGACGAUUUUGAUCGGCGCAGCAUACACAGUGAGCAUUCAGCCCGCAGUGUGCACAGCGAGCAAAGCACGCACAGUCGUCGCAGUAGCUUCAGCUCUCGUUCACAACAGAGUCAGAUCUACAAAAGCGAUCAGGAUCUGACGACAAAUGUGUACAGCAACCACCCUGCUAACCCUGCUCAUGGCGACUAUAACUACAGCAUGUAUGCAAAUGAAUAUAGUACACAGCAACCGUUGGACAGCUCUCAGUAUGUCUACUCAAGUGGCUCAGAGUGGCAGCCAGUGGAACAAGUUCCUUCCAGGCCCCUUACCCCAGAAAAGUUUGGCAGCCCUCAUGUUUGUGCCAGGUUUGGCCCUGGAGGUCACCUGAUCAAAGUGCUUCCCAACCUCCCUUCAGACGGACAGCCCACGCUUGUAGAAAUCCACAACAUGGAGAUUAUCAUGCAGAGCUGUCCUGGACAAGAACAGAUGAGAGCGUUUCCGGGACCUCUGGUCAAGGAUGAAACCCACAAAGUUGAUGUCAUUAACUUUGCACAAAACAAAGCCAAAGAGUGCACACAGAAUGAAAACCUGAUGGACCAGGAAUCGUCCCGUCUGCUCUGGGAUUUUGUUGUUCUUCUGUGCAGGCAAAAUGGGACUGUUGUAGGGACUGAUAUAGCCGAGUUGCUGCUGCAAGAUCACAAAACUGUGUGGCUUCCCGGGAAAUCACCAAACGAAGCAAAUCUGAUCGAUUUCAGCAAUGAGCCGCUGGAACAGGAAGAGGAGUCUGUUGCCGCCCAGCUCUCCUUUCUUACAGAUACCUUGCCCAUCAGUGGAGCAGUCAUGGAAAAAGAGACGGAACGUUUCAGGGAGUUGCUACUGUACGGGCGAAAAAAGGAUGCUCUGGAGUCUGCUAUGAAACAUGGACUGUGGGGCCAUGCACUGCUACUGGCUAGUAAAAUGGACAGCCGAACGCAUGCCAGAGUUAUGACCAGGUUUGCCAACAGUCUCCCAAUUAAUGAUCCUCUGCAGACAGUCUAUCAACUGUUGUCUGGAAGGAUGCCCGCUGCAGCCACGUGUUGUGGGGAUGAGAAAUGGGGUGAUUGGAGACCUCAUAUUGCUAUGGUAUUGUCAAAUAUAACCAAUAACCUUGAUGUUCCAACAAGAACAAUGACUACUAUGGGAGACACAUUGGCAUCCAGAGGGCUCCUAGAUGCUGCUCACUUCUGCUACAUUAUGGCUCAAGCUGGUUUUGGAGUUUACACAAAGAAAACAACCAAGCUUGUCCUUAUUGGCUCCAACCAUAGCUUGCCUUUUGCCAAGUUUGCAACCAAUGAGGCGAUUCAGAGGACUGAGGCGUACGAAUAUGCCCAAUCCCUGGGUGCUCAGACCAUCUCCCUGCCCAAUAUCCAGGUUUACAAGUUUAUCUACGCCUGCCGACUGGCUGAGCACGGCCUCUCGGCUCAGGCCUUCCAAUACUGUGAACUCAUUGCAAAGACCAUUCUUAAACAUCCAUCUUACUACUCCCCUGUACUUGUCAGCCAGCUGCUUGAGGUGUCCUUACAUUUGAGGUUUUUUGAUCCUCAGUUGAAAGAGAAGCCAGAGCAGGAGUUGUUUGUAGAGCCAUCAUGGUUGGUUCGAAUCCGUCACCUGGAUAUGCAGAUGAAGCAAGGAACCGUGGUAUACAAUACUGGAAGAACAACCCCCCAACAAUAUGCCUGCAGCACGCCAAGCUCAGAACAGGAUCACAUCAGCCAAUCAGAUGGCAUGCCAGUAGCCCAUGAAGGCCUCCAUAACACAGAUAAUCCCUUACUGGCCAACCUCCUCCCCAACAUGAUUCCACCUGUCCAGGGUGUACAGUUGGCUCUUCCAGGUCCUGAACACGCUGCUACAUAUCAGCCCCCUCCAGUUAGCGAGCCUUUCUAUCCUGUCACACAGCAGACUUUUGUCCCCUCACCUGGGUUCUCCCCUCCAGUGUCUGGCCCAGGAUUUGGGACUUUCAGCAGUGACCCUGUACCUACUUACACUCCUGCUGCUAUGGAGCCUGCUCCCACCCCUCCACAACCCACCGAAUUUACACCUCAAGAGCAGUGGAGCCAGGAGCCAACAGUGCAAAGACUACCGCAGAGCUCUCCCACGAAAACCACCUUUCAUGACCCCGGAUUUGACUUCUAUGGGGAAAUGGCUAAAAUGGCCCCAGGACAGAGAUCUAGGACUGUGUCCCAGUCGUCAUCUCACAUGAGACGGACUCGGACCACCUCUGAGUCCUCUACCCACUCUAUUGGAUCAACCAGAAGAAGUUCUAUAGGUAUUCAGCCUUCAACCCCUCCUGCAGCCAUUCCUGAAACGGAGACGUCCGAGCCCAAGAAAGAACCUAAGGCCAAUUACCCAUCACAAGGGGGCAGUAGAAGUUGGUUUCCUUUGAAAAUUGGCUGGCUGAUGGGAAAAGGAAAGAACGAAGCCCACUUACCUGAUGACAGGAAUAAGUCUAUCGUUUGGGAUGAGAACAAACAGCGCUGGGUGAACCUAGAUGAGCCUGAGGGAGAGGAGAGCAAGCCCCUGCCUCCACCUCCGUCAAUUAUGCCGAAAAGACCUCAGUCUGGCUCCUCUGGACCAGGCGGACCUGGAGCUCCCCCAAACCCUUCAGUCAAUAUGUUCUCUAUCAGAGCAGGAGGUGCCAGAGGCCGCUAUGUGGAUGUGUUAAACCCAGGUGGCAGCAAACCAGCAAGUACUUUGCCACCACCAGCUGAUCUUUUUGCUCCGCUUGCACCAAUGCCCAUCCCAUCAAACCUCUUUGUUCCUAACUCAGUUCCAGAAGAGGGUCAGCCCAGCCUUGGCUCAGAUGCAGAAACGGUACAACCUCCUGACCAGCCAGGUCUUGAUAAUCUCACCCAGACCCAGUUUUUAAGUGCAACCUCUGGAUCUGAUCUGCCACCUUCAAACUCAGACGACUAUCCUUCUGGAGAGCUUUCUCGAUCUAGUUCUCUGAGUUCCUUAUCUCGAGAAGUAAGCCAGCAUAUGAAUCAGGCCUUCAGUAACGCUGCCCCUACAUCUGGUCCUCCUGUUGGGACCGUUCCCUUCUAUAACCCUUCAAGUUUUACACAACAGACUCCUGCAGGAGGAAGUGCAGCACGGCCUGGGAGACUUGGUCAGCGAAAAUACCCAGCACUGAAAUAGUCUUGGAUUCAGCCUCAAGACUUCCAGAACAUUUCAGUAUAAUCCUGUCUGUGGCCCUGAAUUCGAAACCCAGAAUCGUCAACUUGAUUCAGUGAAUUUCAUUUGAAGUGGUGAAAGGCGAGCUCGGUGUGAAAUGAUCUUUUGGGUCACUUGGUGGAAUGUUUCAAGUCUAUGAUGACUGGAGCUCUUUGAUGUUAUUUUUCUUUUUUUUAGAAAAUUCUUAAAGGGUUGGACAAUGAAGCAAGCAAACAUUGCCAUUUUGUGGCCUUCCCAUUUGACUUUCAUAGCGAAUGACACUGCUCUCAGCACCAACAGUGGAUAAGCAAGUUCUCUGAAACCUAGUGUGAUUGGAUUGAUGGUUGUGCGUACCCAGAUUUGGAUUGGCUUAACAGUGUAAAAUUGAAAAAAAAAAAUUGAUCUAUAUAUGCAUAGUGCACAUCAAGAGGCUGACCACUCUGCUCUAUUUUUCAGACAAACCCUGCACCAAGAAUUAAUAUAUUAAAUUAAAACUGUGACUGAUUAAUCUGGAAAAAAUUGAUCUUGUAGUAUGUAUGUAGACACAUGUAUAGUCUCUCCAGUCUUUUGUAAAAUAGAUGAAUCUCAAUGUUCCUGGAAGGUUUACAACAUCUUAAUGUUUUGUGUUUUAGACUCUUCCAGAUACAAAUAGGUUAUGAUUUACUUUUCUUAUAUUUGUGAUUUUUUUUUUUUUAAGUGCAAUAUAAUUUACUGCUUUCUCUCAUGCUGUUGGCUAAUUCUGAUUAAAAUGGAUAUGGCUGGUAACGGAUGAAAAGAGAAACAAAGAUGAUCUGCUGGCUUUUUAGAAUCCUGAUCUUUUAAGGGCCAAUCCACCAAAAAUGAUCUUGUAUGUAAGAAUCAUAAGAAGCUGGGUUACAUUCAGUAUCCAGCCAAUAUAUUUAUAUCGGAGUGGAUUGGCCCUUUAAGCAAUCUGUUGUUCUUUUGACUGUUUUGUCUUUCUGGUGUCUUACUGCAUUCUUGAUUUCCACAAAAGACCCAGUGGGGAGGGGAGAUUGGGUGACUGAGCAGACUUGAAAAGCUUUUAAUGUUUUUAAAAUUAUUUAAAUAAUAAAAUGCACAAAUGUUUAGAUUUAAUGCAAGUGAAAA